CCGGGGAUUGUUCUCCAAAUUAUUCAACGCCCCAAUCCCGCUCCCACUCCCAUUAUUCCCACUGUCUUAUGAUUUUCGGCUUUCCCAAAUGUCAUCCUUCAAUCCGCUACCGAAAAUCCUAAAGAUGACUACUUUUUGUUGUUGUCGCCAUCGUUGUCGUUGCUGUUUCUCCCAUUCUUAACUUCUGCAUAUUUAGAUUAUACUUAUCUCGCUCUUGGACGUCGAGGUUGCGUUGCCGGAUACGGAAACCCGAGUUAUCAGGCACUUGUUCUUUUAGAGCCUCGGCACUUUAGCUACGGGAGAGGUCCCCUAACUAUUGAGUACCUAGUCGAACGUCAUCUUAAUUCCCGCGGGGUGGUCCUUUGAUUUGGUCUGGGUCUGGUCUCGUGCUAUUACUCAUACUUCACAUUUCCGCAUAUCCAAUUCGCGUCCCAUGGCCUGAAUUUCUUCUUUGUGCCUGAGAUCAUACACAUCUUCAGGUUGCACUGAAUUACCCACCUAUCGAGCUCCCCGCUAGUUAGACGAAUUUCGCCCAACAUGUCGUGGAAGGCAACCGAGAGGUUGAUGGACACCAUCCGCCAUUACUCCAACUUCCCUGCUACAGGAGUAAGUCUAAGGCAAAUGGUUCAAUUCGGCGAGAGGCCAUCAGUAGGAACCCUAUUUCGCGCCUCCCAAUUCCUCGCCGAAGAGCUCCCAAUUCGUCUUGCGCAUCGAGUGCAGGAACUCACCAGCCUGCCAGAUGGACUAAGUGAAAUGCCGUCGGUUAGGAGGGUUCAGGAUUGGUACGCGCAGUCGUUCGAGGAGAUCAUCAAUCUAGGACGACCCGAGCUAUCAAGGGAUGUGAAAGAUCGACUCCUAAAUCCAGGCAAAUUCAAUAAUGGCCGAGGGUCUAUGCUCUCAGAGGCCACUCCCAACCCGAGUAUACGUGAAGGCCAAUAUGCCUCGGCGCCGCCGACACAAAUAGGCUUAGGCAACGGCAAAAAGUUUCAGGCUAUGAGACGGUACUUCGCUAUGGUGGAUGAUAAUGGUGAUUGGCCGCCGGAGUUACAAGCAUACAACUCGAAAUUCGCGCAAACGUUGCACAAGAUCAAGAGGAGGCACGAUGGUGUUGUCACGACGAUGGCCCAAGGUAUUCUAGAGUACAAGCGGAAGAGGCAACGGAUGCAAAUCGACAACAAUAUCCAGUCCUUCUUGGACCGUUUCUAUAUGUCUCGGAUAGGUAUCCGUAUGCUUAUAGGACAACACAUCGCCUUAACUGAUCAAAGUCACCACCGGGACCCUACUUAUGUUGGUAUUAUCUGUACAAAGACCAACGUCCGGGAUCUAGCGCAAGAGGCUAUCGAGAAUGCUCGGUUUGUCUGCGAGGACCAUUAUGGACUUUUUGAAGCGCCCAAGAUUCAACUUGUCUGCAACCCUGAUCUAAACUUCAUGUAUGUACCGGGCCACUUGUCGCAUAUGUUGUUCGAAACCUUGAAAAAUUCCCUAAGAGCCGUCGUCGAAACGCACGGCCAGGACAAGCAGGAAUUCCCAGUGACAAAAGUAAUUGUUGCCGAGGGGAGGGAAGACAUCACCAUCAAGAUUAGCGACGAGGGCGGUGGAAUCCCGCGAAGUGCCAUCCCGUUGGUGUGGACAUAUAUGUACACAACUGUAGACCGAACCCCGAAUCUUGACCCUGAUUUUGAUAAAAGCGAUUUCAAGGCACCAAUGGCGGGCUUCGGCUAUGGUCUUCCGAUAUCAAGACUGUAUGCUCGUUAUUUCGGCGGCGAUCUAAAGCUGAUUAGCAUGGAAGGGUAUGGAACAGACGUGUACUUACACCUAAACCGCUUGUCGAGCUCAUCGGAGCCCCUUCAAUAGCAAUCAGCAGUCAUGAGGGACUGGACAUCAUCCCAAGGAUUGACGAUGCCGCAUAAGAGAAUGAUGCAGAAACGACUUAAGAACUUCGAGGUCUCGGAGCGGAAGCAAGUCGGCGAUGCCGAGUCCAUGAUCACCCAAGAAAGUGGACGCUUCGCUCGCGUAGAAGACGCAGGGGCCGAGCUUUGAACAUUAUGUUUAUUAUAACAUAGAUCCUAUCUAGGAAUUCGAGGUCUUUAGGAUAGGGUCAUUUUGCUCGUUAGAGAGAAAUGAGACAGGAGAUCACGUCGAACCAGGGCAUGUCAUGGGACGAUAAAACAAUUGGGAUUCAUGGGUUGUGGUGGCUUGUUUUUUCCUCCUUAGUUGGGCGCUUUCCGUCCGUUUUCGUUUCCAUGUUCUAUAUGAUUUUCAACGGCGCAGGAUGGAACCAGGGAAGGGAGAAACGGGGAGCAGGAAUUGAAUGCUCAGCAUCUCUCUCAAGGCAUGGUGUAUAAAAAGCAAAGCAUUGAACAACAUCCUCAUUUGCGCAACAGGUUUCUCUAAUAUGUACAUAUGUAUAACCUUAACAGCAUUGAUUGGAGACUUUAUACCAUCCACAUAUAUA